UGAAUUAAUUAUAAAUAUGGUAAAAGGCAUCCUGGCAAAAGCGUCCGGUUUCGUGACUGACAGAAUAAAAGGCUUCGAUAUGUAUCCCACAUCCAUCAACUUCACAUUCAAUGGCCAAGAGCUACCUAGGAGCUUGAUCUUAUCUAUGAUUUAGAGAGUUCAAGACUUUGAUUGGAGGAGUAGUUUCAAUAGUGAUCAAAGUCAUCAUUAUUCUCUACUCUUAUCUCAUGCUCAGAAUUAUGAUUGAAAGAAAAUAAUACUCAAAAAAGUGUGAAUACUGUUGUAACAGAUAUUUUAAAUGAUAAAUCACCUGUGCAUCUCAACACUUCGGAUUUUUCAUUUGCUUUCAAUGGGAUCAUAGAAGGAGACAACUCAUUUGACUUACUCGAUAACCCAUAUGUAUCGGUUGAGCUAUUCCAGUGGGUCAAGAACACAACAACUGGAGGCUUUGAUAGCACUGAUAUUCCGAUGGUUAAAUGUGAAAAGACCUUUUUCAAAUUCUAUAAUCAGACAGAGGUUGAAAAGCUUGGGAUUGAAGACUAUAUUUGUCCUCAGAACAGGAACUUCCUUAUCCAAGGGAAUAGCUUGUCUGAAGACUUUCUAUUUCUUGAGCUAAAUAUUGACAAAUGAAAGACAGGUUGCCCUGCUGAUUUAGACACUGUACUCAGCAAAAUUAGGAUGGAAAUACCAUUUGUUAAUACUUACUUCAACUUUGAUGACUUCAAUAGCCCAGUGAAGACCUAUAUCGAUGGAAGGCUUACCUUCGACCUGCUCCCUGGCUACCUCAUCCGGAAUGAUGUUUUCAUUCAGAAAAACGAAGCAGAGUAUUUAGACAGUUACUUCGCAUAUCAGCCAGGAGGGACUAAGAAAGAGUUUGUUGGGGUCGACAGAGUUGACCAAAGACUAGCUGUCCAGCACGAUUCAGUGAGCGAAACAAUUUUUAAAAUGCAAUUCGUCAAGGAUGAAGCCACCAAGUCUUUUGAAAGGACAGUGUUUAGUUUCAUGGAAGCCUUUGGAAAUAUCGGAGGGCUUUUUGAAAUUAUGGAAAUCGCAGGAGGGUUCUUUGUUGGAGUUUUUUCAGGCAGAAUGUUCUUAUUUACGAUCCUGUCACAUCUCUAUCAGAUUGAAGCACCUGAUGAUAGAGAAGAAAUUAAUCAUCGUUCCAAAAGUAUCAGAAUGACAGGUAUCUCAUUAGAAACUUACUGAAGCCAUUAAGCAUGGAUACUCAUCAUGAUUAAAAUCCCCAUCUCCUAAAAUGUCGGAAAUGUUCUCUCCUUUAUCAUCAGAAAAUUUUGAAUCCUGAUAUUUAGGUUAAUUUCUUCACUUUCGUGAGCUUUAAUAUAAUGAAUACUAAAAAGACCUUGAUAAGUCAAUGAACCCGAGGAUGCUU